GUGCCGGCGCCAUGCUUUGGGGCGAGCUGAAUCCGGACCUUCGCGCCAUCUCGGAAGAGACCGGCUGCAACCUGUUCUACACGCCACCAUCCAUGUGGCCGGCUGAUGUGGCCGAGCGGCAGCUGCAAGGCAAGCAGGCUUUCUCCUUGCUCCGGGACCCCUACGACCGCAUGGCCAACGAAUUCCGCAUGCAAUGUCAGGGGAUCGAUUCGGCCUUUUUGUUGGUCUCGCGGCACGACGUGUCUGCGCGUGAAGGUCACAUGGAGCGAGAGGGGGAUGAGUACAAGCGCUUCUACGAAACCUGCGAUGUGAAUGGCUAUCUUCAGAAGGAGCUCACACAGGUUCUGGCCGGCGACCGCUACAGGACGAAUUGCCACCUCCUGCCGUCGGCAGACUAUGAAUCCACUCCUUAUGGCAAGGUCGAGUGGAUCGACGAGCGUGGCAUUCCAGAGAGCUUCAACGAUUUCAUGAGCUCCAAGAACGCCACUCCUCGUAUGGGUUCCAGUCUCCACAACUACAAAUGCAAUGAUGUCUCCGCUUACUCCUUGGACGAGGUGACGAAGGCGCUGAUCAGGAAGGUGUUUGCCAAGGAUUUCAAGCUGCAGUGUGAGAAAUUUGGCCAUUGUGAUGACAAGGAGAUGUUCUGCCAUGAGAACAUUCCGGACAUGCUUCUUGGCGGCACGUCUCCUCUUCUCCCUGUGCAACUUUCGCGUCCUCUCGCCGCUGUUGUGACGAAGAACCUGGAGACGCAAGCCAUGGCUGAUCACUGUGUCCAGAGGGACUUCUUCUGGCGGCUGUCCUUUAAGGGUGGCACAGACUGUGACAGGGCUCAGCUGUUGGGCCAGGACUUAAUCAAGGACCUCGAGGCAUCCGAAGGCAUCUGCCAACAGCUGCGGACGCAUGCCGAAAGCAUGAGGACGGGCAACAUGACCAAGGCGUUUCGCUUUUUUGUGGAAGAGAUAAGUGACAUCAGAAAGUCCGUCUCGAAAGAGCAGUGGGAGCUGCAGAAAAUCUGCCGGAAAAUGGGUUGGCCCUCAGGGACCACAAAGAUUGCAGAGGAUAAAGGCCACGCGAUCAUCGAGGAAGAGGCCUUGCCCCGAUUCCGGGAGUACCUGCAAGACUCUCGCAGGGAGCGGAUUCUCAAGCACCACGUUGUUGUGAGCCCCGCAUAUCUCCCGCUCCUAGAGAAGCUCAUGGCGGAGCGUUUGACCGGCGAGAGGCCGUCAGAUGGCUUCCUGAGCCCAGAAGAGAAGGCCGACAUCUUGAAGCAGCUUAAACUGACUUUGGAGGAUAAGCUGAAAAGCCAGCAGGCCCGCAAGCUGGAAGUGGAGCAGAGGAGGGCCAAUGUGAACGCAAUGCUAUCGGAAAUCCCACGCCAGUUUGACGAGGUUUCGAUUCUGAGUCUGGACUCUCGGAGAACGAAAACGACGGGAAUACUGGCAAAGCACACCUUCAAAGUCAACCUGGUUGCACUCCCCUCAGUGUGGAAGGAUUCAGAAGUUGAUGACGGAGCAGGUGUUAGUUCACAAAGCGAGAUCUUCAACUUGGUGGCAGAACGGUUGUGUGAGAUGUAUGGCAUCUCCAUAAGUGGGGAUGCUCUAAGAGAUAUCUUUUUCGAAUGUUGCGAACUUGAGGAUAAGAUGUCUCGCGCUGGGGACGUGAGCGAUGUGUCGGAGGAUCCGGCGUCACCUGAUGCUUCAAUCGAAGAGGUUGAGGAUUUCAUCCAGUGCUGUUCCUGCCUUGAGCAAGAGGUGGUGAUCAAGUAUCUCCUGUCGAAAGCAAAGACAUUGGCUGCCAGGUGGUCAGGCGACCAGAUUCCUCGCGAAGCAUUCGAGGAGAUUGAGCAGCAGUUGAUGCAGUCGACUAUGCAUUGCUUCACCUUCCAAAGUCUUUCCAAGUGCUUCAUUCACAGGGUCCAAAAUUCCGAUGUAGUGUUCCGCCGCGCUGCCAGAGGCUUGCUUCUCGAGCUGGUCGAGCUGGAUGUUGACGAGCUUUUGGGUUCGGCCCCUGUCGAGAAGCAGCCAGACACCGCCAAUCUCGAAGAGCUGGUGUUCCGUUUGGCCGGCAGGGCUUGCGCAGUCUUGAGAAAGGCUGCCUUGCACGCAGAGAAGUACUGGCAAGAAGCGGUUGCCCUGCCCGCAAAGAAGCGCUGGCAAGAAGUGCGAGAUGCUGCAGCGGAGAAGUGUCGCGGUAAGCCAGGUCCGAAAAUUUAUCGCUCUGACCGGGUCCGCAGGAACACGUUGCAAACCUACGGGUCUUGGAUGUGUCCGCCAUCGAAAGAAGUCGUAAAGCAAGCAAAAACGGCAACGUACCGAAUCACGCACAAUUCUUAA